AUGUUCACAUCAGCUACGUCAGCCAUGUCCGAGUUGAUGAGCCGUUUGGCCAAGAAUGAACAAUUUACUGAAACGCCGGUCGAACAGACUACGACACAGUCAAAUCAACUUAGCCCACUUUCGGAUACACCAUCGGCUUCUACCUCGGCUUCGGCCAAUUCAGCCAGUCCCAUGGACACAGAGAAUAGUGUCAACAAUUCAUCGGCCUACAACUUUUUGUCUUCAGCUUUAAAUACAUUGGUCAAUGUGGAAGGAGAGUGCAAUGGGAAUGACGACAGUGCUUGUGAGUUUAAUCGUUUGAAUUUCAUUAUCUUUUUUUUAAAUUUUUUAAAAAUAUAUAAGAAUAUAUUAAUUCAUUUACCCAAAACUUGAUAAGAAAACCAGACACUCUCUGAACCUGUGCUCUACUUUUCGUGCACUUUGAUGUUAUUUUUCCCAUUUUCGAAAUUUGAUUUUAUUAAAAACAUUUUAGUUUAGCGAAAAUAGGACAAGGCCAUUUCGAGAAAAAUACAAAAACUUCUUCGAUUGGCUGACCUGCACUGUAAACAAGGUCUAGGUCGCGGGGUUGUGCAACUUUUGAGUUAAGGUUGUACAGAUUUAUGCAAUUUUUUUAAAAACUGGAAACAAAAUCCUUGCGUAUUUCUCCCCUUUACGGUUUUAAGACAAAACUUUGUUUGCAGUGACGCAACUUUCACUUUUGUGGUAUUUACCCCGAGGCGCAGAUCCGGAAAUCGGAAUCCAUUAAUUCGCACAGAAACCCCGUUUCGCGCGCUAAAUCCGGAUUUCCCUAAGGCUGUGCGGAGGUUGCUGAAGGAGGGCGAACCGGCUGGCGAAGCAAAAAAGUUGCAAGGAUCUGUGUCUGCGGUCAGGGUUAAUUACCGGAAAAAUGCAAGCUACACGUGGACGGAAAAUACAUGUUAAUAUGAAUGUAGACACAUUCUAAGAAUUAAAAAACAAUUUUUUUACUAUUCAGCAUGUACGUCUCAGAAUAAGGUCCUUAAAUUUCUAAAACUUUUGCGCUACCUUAUCUAAAAAUUUUAUUUGCAAAAAAACCAAAAAACACCUAGUCUGUUUUACAUGCCUAAAUUUUAAAUAGCAUUUUACCCUUAUCCAGGUUAAUGUCUCUUUUUUUAAAUUUAAACCUGAUUUUUAAAAAUCUUUUCCAUGUUUUAUCACCCCAGGCGGAUGACGUCUCCUCACCUUGUCUUCGUCGUUUCACCUGAAACAAGACCGGUUUUGUGUGCAAUUAAAAACGGCGGGGAUCCGAAUCCACGAUAUCCAUCAAAACUUUUCUUUUCGUUUUUAAUUGGCUUUUGCGAAUCAUCAGGUUGCAUUAGGGGUAAAUGAGGUUGAUAUUGAAAGGUGUAAGGAGAUAUAAAUGAGUUUGGUAGGGUAUGCUUUUAGAAGGUGAGCUGGGUAGGACAACCUUUUGUGCUAGACAAAUAGGUUUGCAUGGAAGUUAUAGCCCACAAACUAUUUUCUUAUUAAUUGCUAUGGCUAGUCUUAACAUAAAAACAUUUAUUAAAGAAAACAUUAGGAACAAACACAACUAAAACAAAAAAAAAACAGAAACAAAACACGAACAUACAAACACAACAUAUAAUCAUUAAAUUUAGCACCCUCAACGACAGACCCAAUGAAAGGUGUCUUAUUAUGCCAAGUAUGUUCUGACAAAGCCAGUGGUUUUCACUAUGGAGUGACCAGUUGUGAAGGAUGCAAAGGUUUCUUUCGGCGGUCGAUCCAACAAAAAAUCAAAUACCGAGAGUGCACAAAAGGACAACGUUGUGCUAUUGUACGGAACAACAGAAACAGAUGUCAAGAUUGCCGCUUAAAGAAGUGCAUUUCUGUUGGAAUGUCCAGGGAUGGUAAGGGAAUUUUUUUUUGACUUUUCAAUGUCUUAAAUUUAAAUUUUUUAAUUUUUGUGGCUGUACUAAUUGUUCACUUUUCAAAUCCCUACUUUUAAGACCUUAAAAGCGUUUUUAAGUAAGACGGUCGUUUGGGUUACAAGGUCAUCCAAACUUUCGAAUAACUAAAAAAAGAUUGUUGCGCUUAAUUUUAAACCUUCAUGGUCACGGUAACAACUCUCGUUUGAAGUUUCUAAAAUUUCCUAUUUUUCAUAUUUUAAAGACAAGUGCAACAAUAAAAAAAAGAUUCCUGUCAUAAAACGCAUAACAUUUGUUAAAGUACCAUCAUAGGGUAACAUGCCUAAAACAAGUGCACAACGCACGUGGGUAAAGCAAGUACGCAUAUUUUUGUUUUUUUCCAACCACAUGAAAUGCUCACAUUACUAAAAGUGCAUAUACGUUAAAGAAUUUUUGCAAAAUUUUAUUUUUUGUAAAGGUUUUUGUAGGAUCAAAAUAGUAGUGUAACCAAAAGAAAUGUAGUGUAGUGAAUGUUACAUGGCACAAUUACAAAAGUAAAAGUUAAUAUCAGAAAAUAAACUUAUCAACAGCGCGGAAACUCUUUUUUCUAACCAAAAAUGACAAUUCCUUGAAUUUUUGCUGUUGAUUGAUUCCAAAUCAAUUGAUGGAAUCAAUGUGAGAACGGUUUUUAUGAAUGGGUUUACACCGUUUGUCUUCCGGUGGAACCUUGUUUCACGCCCGGAAUUUGUAUCACGGGGCCGGAAUGACGUCAAAAAAAUGUUACAAAAAUUAUUUAAAAAUAUAAUUAGAAAUUAAAAAAAAACUAAAAUUUAACAGCAGAAAAAUUUUUUUUUCGUGAAAUAGGACCCAGUAUAACCCGUCUCUCAAGGUAUUUAAAAAUUGUUCGUUAUAAUAUAAUAUAGUUUCAUUGUCUAUUCAAACAAAAGCUAAAAAACAGUAUUUCAGCCGUCCGCUUCGGCCGAGUGCCAAAACGUGAAAAAGUGAAGAUGGUGGAAGAGAUGCAGCGUGCCAGCGUUCGCUCCAGAAUCGACUCGUUGUCGGUCGAUUUGGAGGAUACGCACGGACUUAUGAGCUCGGUUUUUGUAGCCUUUGCUGAGCUGGGUGAUACGAUGAGCCAUGAAAUCUACAAAGGCGGUGCAUAUUUGGGCUUAAAUGGCAAAGAAUUGCAUUCAAAACAGUUUUUGCCCAUUAUACAAGCCGUCGCACAGUUUGCCAAGUCUAUCAAAGUUUUUGGCCAUUUGGAGUCAGCGGAACGAGUUCAACAGCUUAAGGUAAGUUUUUUUGAAAAUGAAAUUUGGCGAUUUUACAAUAUCAUAAAAGAUUUUUAAAUAAAUUUAAAAUUAAUAUACAUUUUCAUUUUUUUCAGCAAUCUUUCUUCCAAAUCCUGCUGAUCCGCCUCAGCUGUAUGCGUGGUGCAGAUGGCAACCAAAUCGACGCUUCCUUAUUUCCAAAGUUCAUGUUCUUGGAAUCCGACAAUACCGAAUCUGAUCUUCUGAAAAACAGUAUCGUUGAGUUCGUACAACGCUUCAGAAUGAUAAAACUCAACGAUAAGUCACUAGCAAUAUUUGCGGCUAUAGUAUUGUGUCAGUCUGAAGCCAAUUUGGGUACCACCACCCACAUGAAAGAAGGAUCGUUGGUGCAGAUGCUACAGCAGAAGUUGUGGCUAAGUCUCCAGAGUGUACUAUUCAGCGAGCCGAUGGACACUUUGGCCGCUUUGCUGAUCCAAUCCGUGUUCGCAGCUGUUGCGGAUUUGAAGACGCUGGGCACGAUGUGCAACGAUCAUCUAAAGCAAGUACCGUGCAUUCUGCCAUUAGACGACUACAAAAAUGGCUUUGACAAUAAUUACUUGGCAUCGUUCCAGACGUUGCUACAAAAUUUGGACAACGUUCUGCCAGGCAACGUCUCGUUCGCCCGAAGUCGCAGUUUCGGCGGGCGAGAAAACAAAGAUACUAUGCUUUGCCAGAAUCUUCAAAACGAAAGUCAGAAAUUGGAUCAUAACCUACUUCAGAAGCCUCAGCAAAACCUUAACCAAAAUCUGACUCAAAACGUCCAUCAAGCUCAAAAUUUUAUUCAAAAUACUCAACAAAAUAUGAAUCUGCAUCGUCAAAAUCAGCUUCAAAGUGUACUCAACCGACACCAAAACUUACUUGAGCAUCUACAUCCUACUCAAAAUGUCAAAUCAGCUUCUGAGUCUAAAAUUCAUCAAAAUUCUUUCCAGAAUCUCGAAGUUUCUGGCAUUGAAAAAGAUUUUACCAUGAAGAACCCAAUAUUCAAUCGUUCGGAUUCAGGAAGUGGAGAAACACGCUACGAUGUGGCAUUAGAAUUUAAGUCUGUGAAUCUACAGAGUUUGCUACGGCUCGACCGUGAUCAAUACACUGAAGGAUUAAAUGGUAGACAUGCUAGCUUCAGCGACCUUCGAAGUAUUGGACAUCGUGAUAACAAUGAAUCUGGAAGAAAUGGAGAAAAUCGCAAUAUUGAUGUACACCGCAACGUUAAUGAAGUUCACGAUCGUUCGUACAACGAGCUACUGCGUGGAAAGAACGGGCACAUUAUGAGUUCAGAAGUGAAUGUUCAAAAUCAGAAUUCUUUGAACCUUCAAAACUCGAAUUCGAUAAACCUACGCACUCAACUUUCUGCUGAGCUUCAGAAUCCGCAGAAUUCAGUGUACAAUGUCAAAAACGUUUACGAAAAUGGCUACACAACGUCGUUCGAUAAACCAAAGCACAGUGCAAUCGCCGAGCUGUUACAGAAGCCGGCCUUAGUUCUACAACCGGUCAACAACAAUCAUGCUACAGAAUACAAGACGGAGGAGAACGAUGAAGACCAACCUCUGAAUCUUUGCGUUCGUGAUGAAUCACGCCAAUAA